AUGGCAUCCCAAUCCGCUCCUUCAGCAUCUCAUGCCCUACCAGAAGCCCUUGUCAUCAAUGGUUUCCAUUUGUUUCUCAUCAAUUCGCUUUCCCAAGCAAAACUCGAAAAACUCAUCGACGAGGAUACACUAGCGUCUGCAGAGACUGAUGUCAUGAUUAGCGGACCGGCUCUAUGUCUCUUCUUUGCAGCUCUACGGUCACAAACGACCCCUCCAAGCGUGCCUAUCCCUGGCGCACCCGUCGUUUUGUCCAUCGAGACAUGUCCACCCAUCUUUCAGUCCUUCUUCCAGCUCUGGUCGCGAUGUGUACCAGAGAUCCAAGCUCUCCCCUCCAACUCGCAACACGAUCUCGCCAGAGUCAUCUGUGAUCUUGAACCACUCACCCCCAAUCCUCAAGUGACCCGUAUCGCAGCCGACAUUCGCUCAGUUGCCAUUGAAAUCACACAGCGACGUACAUUCCAAGAAAGAUAUAGAAGUGACUUGCAGAGCGCGCUAGACGUUGGCCAACCGGCAGGAGGCGAGAAGCGGAGAGUCGCUGCCUUUUCUCCGCCGCCUUCCUAUGAAGAAACAAGUUCCCAACACUCACACUCUCCUCACUCUUCCGUACAUUCCUCUCCUCAGAGAGCGCCCGUGCCUCUACCCUCGACGCCCAGUCGACUUAAUGCUGCAUUGCCGCCUACGCCCCAUGCACCCGGUGGCUCGGAGGGAAUGGCGUCUAUCGAGAGUACAAUCUCGCACCCUCAAGACACUACACAUCUCACAGUCGGAACAAAUGCUGCAUCUUCCACGACUAGCGCAGCCACUUCAUCAAGCCGCUCGCGUUCCCCAUCACCUACACUCAUACCACCAGAUUCUCCCGCUAUUAACCUCAUCCGAGAAACACUUUACGCUGCAUUAGGCGAAGUCAUUGCCAGCACGCCAGGAAUUGUUCCGCUCAUGAAGACAGAUCCAGCGCGCGCCUAUUUCAGUGCAGUUGGCCUAUCUAUUCUCACUGUUUCAACCGACUGCAUCACAGUCGAUGGGGGCGUCAUUACUCCGAUAGGCAAAGUCUUGACGCUCGCAGAAUGUCCAGUGGCUUACCGCCCUCUGAUGAGCGAGCUCGGGCGCAUAGGUGCUCAAGCCAAGACAAUCAUCGAGGAAGACAAUGAUCGUACUAUCGCUGCUGUUCGCGCGGGCGAGGUACCACCACAGCCACGGAUGGAGCGAGUAAGGAGGAUGCUAGAACAUGGCGUGGCUCGAGAGGAGGCUCGUUAUGACGAGGAAGGUGCAGCUGGGGCCAACCCACCGGCCCCUGUCUCCAGCCGUCCCCUCGUCUCCUCGCCACCUGUCUUUUCGCCUCCAGCUCAUGCGCCCCCGAUGCCAGUUCCGACGAUUCCCAAUGCUUCUGGGCACUCGGUGCCGAUAGUGACCUCCCCACCACCGCAAGCAGGUCCACGAUCCAGUCUCGAGCAGGAUCCAUACCUUGCUGCGCCAAAUGCUGGAGCAUCGAGCACGACAUCAUCACCUCGCUCGAGCGGUGAACACUCGCGCGGGCUGCGCAACGUAUUGCACAAAACACGUCCAGCAACCGCACCUUCAUCUACCCCACCACCACCCGUUGCACCGAAACCGACACCCCCAAGUUUGCGUCCACCAACGAGUGAACAAGGGCCCGGAUCAUUGUCUCCUAUACCUUCACCUGCACGAUAUAGUGCACCGACGACCCCACCUCCUGGACGUGAAAGUUCUGGCGACUCGGCUGUGACCGUCAACAUUGCAGGGAUCGGAGCUCGUCCGGCCAAUAUUACGACCAACAGUGCGUCGGGCGUACCAGCUCCUACCGCGGCGAUGAUGGCACAUCAACCAAGUUUGUCCGCCAGCGGCAAUCCAUAUGAUCAGGCAAUGGGAAGCGGCGCGAGGAUCAAUGCUGGACAUGGGAACGGAACUCCACAUGCUCUGGCUUCGGGUAUGAGUAAUGGUGGAAACGGUCAACAACGACCACCACCUACGCCAGUUCAGCAGCCACCGAUUGGGGGGCAACAACAAGACCCCAACGUGCCGGUUGCAGGCGGAUCCGUCACGAGAGAGCCGAGUGCUCGCAGAAGUUUGGAAGGCACGACGGUUCAAUUCGCCAAUCGUAUCAACGGGUUAGCUCUGGCUCUUACACGGCUUCGUAUGUUCCAAGAACGACAGGAUAUGGUUUUCUCGAUACUGGCUAGCGUUCAUGACUAG